AUGGUAGCGAAGAGACAGCGAGGGAUCGGUGCCAAGAUUUCCCGGUUCUUCAGGGCUCUCUGGCAGGGACCGUGGGAACCACGGGACGAUCCUGCGCCACAAAUUGCGUGUUUACAACGGUUGGAAGAAAUACCUGAAGUGUUGAACAAACGAUACCCUGCAAAUAUACGGAUUGCCGGGCUAGUGUUUUAUUUGAUGUUUUGGUUUGGGCUUUUCUAUAGUAUCGUGAUGCCGUAUUUGAGCGUGCCACCCCAUUUGAGCAAUGAUCCUGAGGUACACAUCAUUCCACUUUCAUGCACGUCCCUGUCUCAGUUCUGGAAGGGCAAAAAUGGAGCCUGUGGGACUGAUGGGGAGUUUUGUCCUGAAUUUAAGAGUGACGAGGUCAUAUUCCGAUGUCCGGCAUUGUGUGACCGAGCAUGGACGUAUUCGUUGAUUCCGAUCGGGGACCAGAGAAUAAAGUAUAGAGGAUAUUUCAUCGGCGGUGGAGAUCAAGUGACCGAGAAGGUGGAGGAUGAUGACGACCAGUUGACUAACCCAUAUCGAGCAGAUUCAUACCCCUGUGGGUCGGGUGUACAUGCUGGGGUUAUAUCGCCAUUUUUCGGUGGAUGUGCUCGGAUUUCAUACAAGAGUAAAGAACGAGAGUUUUUCAAAUCGGAAAAGGGCCAUUACGGUGUUGAUGACUCUAUUGAGUUUUUAUCGUUCUUCAAAUAUUCAUAUUAUUUCAAACAACUAAUGAGUGGAGUUUUGCCAGGCGGUUCGUUCCAACAAUGCUACGAUCCAAGGUUACUAGUACUAGUUAUGAACUUUGUGUUGGGGAUCCCCGUGGUUUAUCUUUCCUCAGGUGCCGUAUCCUACUGGAUAACUAGUAUUGUUGGAUUUUGGACGCAUACAUUAGCAACUGACCCCCCAGUCCAUGUUGAUCCAUAUGAUCCCGAUACUCUUUCUGAUUUGAUUUCGGUAUCAUUGGAAAGAUUCUUGCCAACCUGUUUUAUAUUAUAUGUACUCUGGCACUUUUCGUCGCGGAGAACAUUAUUUGAUUCGACUGAACCAGACGAGAAAUCGUCGCCGUUGACCAAGGUGUUUUUAUGGUAUCCGUUAUUCUGGCUUGGUUUACUUAACAACAUGACAUUUGACAGGUUGCCCGUGGAUAGACUUACAUUAAGUGACUUGAAAGAGCAGCCGGGUUCCAUACUUGCAUUGGCAUUUAUUAUUUCGUGUAUCGGAACCGGAGUUGUUAUUCAAGCAUACAAGAUUUGGCUCUCAGGUAGAUUCAGAAAGUACUUGCUAGUGUAUGCGUUGUUUAUAUUUGGAUUGGUGGUGCUUGCACAGUUACCUGGGUUGACUCUACGGGUACAUCAUUAUAUACUUGCGAUGUUAUUGAUACCUGGUUGUUCCACGAGAGGAAGAACGGCAUUUAUGUUCCAGGGUAUACUCUUGGGGUUGUUUUUAUCGGGUGCGGCCAGAUGGGGGUUGGCUGCUAUUGCGGAAACUGUCACCUCGCUUAAACGAGAUGAUCCUCGAGGCAUACUCGUGCCACCAGAAUUCCUUGGGUAUAAUAACGAGACUGGAAUUUUAAACUGGAAGGGAGUUCCGGAGGAGCUUUUGUCACCCAUUACCCUGCGUUUGUAUGAAAAGUAUAGUGCGAUUUCGUUAUUGGUUAAUGAUAUUGAGCAGUAUGUGGGUGAAAAGACCCAGUCGGUUAACAUAACAGAAUUAUUUACCAAUUCAACUAGUUUAUCUCGACCAAUUGCGAAAAGUUUACGAGAUGGGAUUAAAGAUGAUAAUGGUAACAUCGAGAUAUACCUUCGUAUAGGAAGGAAGAUCCCCAAUACACAAGUAUAUAGUGAUUUCUCCAAUGCUGGGAUAUUGAAAUGGCCCAGUGGAGACUUUACACUACCGGUAAAGGGGUCAACUUAG